AACUUCUAAUAAGAGGACUAUGUGACCUAUAUAAUUACAGUUACAAUUAUAUGGGUGUUAAAACUGCUUAAGCAAUGCUAAAACUGCUUAAGGUCCCUGGUCAUCUUACAUUUUGCGUCACAUGAUUCCUAAAGGAAAUGUGUCUUCUGCUACUGUCGGUGGUUGGUUGGUGCUCUUAAACAAGCUUAACAGUUUUUGGCAGUCUUAGCGGAUACCGAUUUGGACACAGUAUAUGAUACAAAGGGUUUCCAAUGGAUCCAACUGCCUCGGGUGUCUUUUGCAGCAGAAUGCUUAGCAUGGUCAACUCUGAGGAUGUAAAUGCUAUCAUUCAAGCACAAAGACAUAUGCUUGACCGUUUUGAGAAGACUAACGAAAUGCUCAUCAACUUCAAUGGCUUGUCCAAUGUGAGACUUCAGCAGAUGAACGACAACUUUCUAGUUCACACUCGGACUCUGCUUGAGAUGAAGAAAGAUCUAGACAGCAUAUUCAGGAGGAUACGGACAUUGAAAGGAAAGGUCGCUAAGCAGUACCCUGAAGCAUUUAGCAAUAUUCAUGAAUCCCCUGUCCUUGAGGAAGAGGAUGAAGACUUUGAUCCAGUCCCACCCAGUAUGGCAACAACUACAACCACUGCCACUUCGGAACAGAGCACAGAAUCUUGUGAUUCAAGCCCUGAUGUCAUCUCCCCAACUGUAAGCCGUUGCUCUGAUGACCUCUCCCAAGAGCAGCCAGAAACUCCUACCCUUAAUAGUCCUGAAAGAACUGAGCUACAGGAUGAAGGUCCAGAUUAAUUUGAAAAAUACAGUCUAUUAAAAGAACUUUGAUGUUUUGAUCUGAUGUUUGCUAAGUGUCCACGGUGUGGCCAUGCAGCCACUUGUUGUUGAAAAUGUUUAUCGUGGUGACCAUGCUAAGGUAUAGUGUGUUGUUGUCACUCAUAUUUAUGUCCAGUAUUGGCCAUCUGUGGUAAAAGCAUGAAUUUAUUUAUUUAACAUUUAUUGACAACUAAGCAUGGCUGGGUUCAUUUUCAUUCAAAAUGGCUGUCUGGUUUGUUUCUGAAGCAUACUGACACAUUGUAAUUAAAUUUAAUUAAGUUGUACAACCUUGA